CCGAUGCUCGCCAGUGGGUUCGGGUCCUUGCUGAGGACGUGCCUUUCGUCGGCUCGGAGAGCUCCUCUCCCAACUUUACCCUCAUUAAAGCGUCAUGCCAGCGUGAACGCGUUAGCCUCGGCCUCUUCGUCGACACCGUCGGACAUCAACGCGUCACUGGCCCGCACCGAGGUCCUCUACAAAACAUACAAGCCCGUCACUCCUGGUAUCCGGCAUUUGCGCCGCCCACUCAACCCGCACUUAUGGGAAGGUCGGCCCAUCAGGCAGCUCACCGUGGCCCAGCGCAAGAAGGGCGGUCGCAACAACCACGGUCGCAUCACCGUCCGUGCGCGUGGCGGAGGCCACAAACGACGGAUACGGCUCGUCGACUUUACGCGCAUGGCGCCGGGCCCCCACGACGUCGUACGAAUAGAAUAUGACCCUGGACGGUCUGCACACAUCGCCCUCAUCAAACGGCGAGUGAAGACGGGCGCGGUGCUUGCUGCGCUGAAAGGCGACCAGAUAUGGAGUUAUAUACUGGCCCCCGAGGGUCUUCGUGCAGGAGACGUCGUGGAAAGCUAUCGGAUGGGUAUCCCGAAGGACCUUGUACCGAACUAUACGCCGUCCCAAACGCAGUCGUCGGCCGCAGACAACAACGAGGAUGUGUUAAGCGCCGAAUCCGAGACCUCACUCUCCGUCGGUCUCCUCCGUUCUAUCACCCUCAAGCCGGGCAAUGUCCUACCUCUACACCUCAUUCCUGUCGGUACAAUCAUCCAUAACAUCUCCCUCAAGCCCAAGGGUCCUGGUAUCCUCGUCCGAUCCGCAGGGACGUAUGCUCAGGUCACCGGCAACGAGCCUGGGGCCAAGUACGUUCUCGUCAGGCUGCAGAGCGGUGAAGUGAGAAAGGUGCUGAGGGACUGUUGUGCCACUGUCGGUUCUGUGAGCAACCCUCUGUGGAAGAACCGGAGUCUGGGCAAAGCGGGGAGAAAUCGGUGGCUUGGACGCAGGCCGCAUGUCCGUGGUAUGGCCAUGAACGCCGUGGAUCACCCUCACGGUGGUGGUCGUGGAAAGCUCAAGGGUAACAAGCCUCCUCGUUCGCUCUGGGGUUGGCAGACGAAGGGCAAGCGCACGCGCCGGCCCGGACCCAAAGGCCCGAAGAACAGCAACAAAUUCGUCGUCGAAGAGCGACCACGCGGUGUGCAGAAGCGGCAGAAUUGAAGUGCCAGCAUCUGCUCUCAAGCGCAUGCAGCAGCUCUGUUGAGCACCUUCGCAGCUCUUGUCAUGGCUUGUCAUUGGUCCAUUGCGACGAUAUGCGAAUACAGUAUUAUCCAGCACUAUAAUUUACGCGGUGAUAUGAAUAAGUUACUCCAGCGCUCCGUGCCCGUUUCACCAGGCACGGUUGUCGUCGUCCAAGAAUUCGCCGUUGG